AUGAGUACCGCCGAAGUCGCGGCUCUAGAAGGCGAAGUCAAAGAAUACAGACUUCAACUAGAGACGGUUCAGCUGAGUCUGCAGAAUGACCCAGACAACAGCGAACUGCAGAGCCUCAAACAAGAACUUGAAGAAGUCAUUUCCCUCACCGAAUCUGCCAUUGCAGAACUAAAGCCUCAGUCAGGGCCCGCGCCGCCAGCGAAAACCUCUUCGCCGCCCGUUAAAGAAAAGUGGUCCAAGGAGAACCACCCGGCAUACCAGGCAGGAUAUCGAAAGGCGGAUGUCGACGCGGAAGAAUUGAGCGCGCCCGCCCAGUUGUCCGUAAACGACACAGUCUCAGCUCGGUGGAAAUCUGGCGACGGCGGCUUCUAUGCGGCGAGAAUUACGUCCAUCACGGGCUCCUCGAGCGAUCCGGUCUACAUCGUCACAUUCAAGAACUAUGGGAACACUGAAACACUAAAGGCCAAAGACAUCAAGCCGCUCUCCAACGACUCUCGGAAGCGUAAGGCUGAUGGAAUGUCAGGGUCGUCUACACCAGUUCCUCCGCCAGCGAACCCCAAUGUCAUCUCAGCCGCAGCCAGUGUCGAUCCGGCACUAGCCCAACAAGCUCGACGAGAACCAAGCAAGGUUAAUGACGGCCCAGUCCGACCUGCAAAGCUACCGCGCAAAGUCAAGGCCAACAAGGAACUCGAGGCUGGCAAGAGUAAGUGGCAGGAUUUUGCGGCGAAGAGCAAGGCCGGGAAGCUGGGGAAGAAAGAGAGUAUGUUCAGGACCGGCGAGGGUGUGAGUGCAAGAGUUGGCUUCACUGGCAGUGGCCAUGAAAUGCGCAAAGAUCCCACAAGAACACGACACAUCUAUCAACAAGGUGGCCAGGACGAAUGA